ACAUGACUACAUACAGUCAGCCAUGCGUCCACUUCCGCCAUAAGUAAUCUCGACGCAUCGGCCCAUACAGUGUGUUGUCAACAGCAAUGUUCGUGCUUCUUGUGACUGUAGUUGUGCUGGCUGUGUUGUGGCUGUUGACGCGGCGGCGUUCUGGACUUCCCCCCGGCCCCCCUCUGCUCCCGUUUGUGGGGAACGCCCUGUCUAUGGGCUCUGAUCCCCGGGUCACGUUUAAGAACCUCCGACAGAAAUACGGUGACAUAUUCAGUUUCUAUGUUUUCAACAGACCAGUCAUCGUUCUCAACGGCUACAGCGCUCUGAGAGACGCAUUUGUCAAGAACGGUGAUAUAUUUUCGGACAGGCCGCAUUCUUUCAUCAACGACUUUGUCUCAAAAGGGAAAGGAAUAGUUGGAACCUCCGGUGACGUCUGGCGUGAACAGAGGAAGUUCACCCUUAAUACUCUGAGGGAAUUUGGUGUAGGAAGGCCUGUUAUGGAAAACAAAAUACACCAGGAGGUCUCGCAUCUUCUCGCAGCCUUUGAAUCAGAGAAAGGACUGGGGUUUGACUGCAGGCGCUUGUUACACAAUUCAGUGUCCAAUGUUAUCUGUUCCACAGUGUUUGGAAAACGCUUUGAAUAUACGGAUCCUCUAUUUAUCACAUUUCUGGACAUUCUGGAUGACAUCAUGGCAGUUUCAGCAGCCACAAACGUCGUAAACUUUUUACCCUUCUUACGGUUCUUGCCUGGGGAUCUUUUCAAGGCGAAGAGAGCCUUACACAACGAUGACCUAAUGGAGUCUCUGCUAUUGAAACCAAUGUUAGAAGAACACUUGAAACAGCGUGAUGAUGGGAACGUGGACGACGUAAUGAGUGCAUACAUCAAGGAAAUGCAACAGCGUCAACAACAGAAGGAGUUCACGACAAUGGAUUUGGGAAAUCUCAAGAGAGUUAUCGCCAACCUGUUCGUUGCCGGGACAGAAACAACAGCCACUACAAUACGCUGGGCACUGGUCUACUUCCUGAACUACCCGGAUGUUCAGGAGAAGUGCUUCCAGGAGAUCCUGGAAAACAUCGGCCAGAGCAGACGGCCCUCCAUGAAAGACAAGACGAACCUUCCUUACGUGGAGGCCACCAUUAUGGAAGUGCUGAGACACGCUGACAUUGCUCCCCUCAGCGUUCCCCAUACCGUUCCCCACGAUGUCCAGUUCCGAGGAUACACUUUCCCUAAAGAUGUCUUUAUCAUCCCCAACCUAGAUUCUGUCCUCAAAGACGAAGAUGUCUGGGGUGACCCGGAAAACUUCAGACCUGGGCGUUUUCUUGACUAUGAAGGAAAACUCCAAAAGAAAGAAGAAUUCAUUGCUUUUUCUCUAGGUCGGAGAGUUUGCCUGGGGGAGUCAAUGGCCCGGAUGGAGCUCUUCUUAUUCCUCACUAGCAUGAUUCAGAGGUUCCAGUUCGUCCCCGUGAACGGACGAAAGCCACCAACAGAUGGAAUAAUGGGCUUAGUACAUUCGCCAAAUAACUUCCAAGUAAAAGCAAUUCCCCGCAACUAAUACUGUUCGGAUCAGCACAGGAUCAGUCAGUCAUUGUUACGAGUGAUUUCCAUAUUGAAACACCAAGGCUAAGACAGAACUCGGUAUGUACAAGCCUUAUUGUAAAAUCAGUAAAUAACGAUUAAAUAUCAAUGAAAUAUCAAUAAAUUAUAUUCCAACAUACAGUUUUACGUUUUCAAUGAAAAAAGGCAAUACCAUGGACAAUCUCCCGUAAUGGGAUGUCCUCAGAUCUUGUCGUCAGCGAGAACUUAGAUCUGAUUUUAAUGAGAUUGUACCAUGGGUCAAGUAAGUGGCACCACCAUUAAGUAACAGGCACUUGAAUUAGUGAAAGCACGCUCACGAACGUUCGGUAUUUUAUCACUGUCGAAUGUCUUGAAUACGGAAUAGUGUUGGAAUCUGGCAGGAAUAUGGUGUUAACUACUAGGUAUCCAAAUAGAUAAGACACAAGUCGGGUAAAAAAAAGUCCUUGAUUGCCCUCUUCUCGCUCUUCUAUACAUGUAGGUACAGCCAGCCUCCUUGAAACUUUCUUUAUACUUUGCCUGUAUA